AUGUUUUAUUUGUGCACGGUGCUAAUAUCGACACUUGUGAUAGCGGAUGCAUUACAACAACCCUAUUAUUUGACAAAAUGCGUGAAAGACGAUCCCGAUGUCAACGAGUGUUUAAUUCAUGCCGGAAACAGACUCAUAGAAUUCUUGCGAAAAGGAGUGCCCGAGUUGGAUAUCCUUGAGGUAGAACCAGUAAUAAUUGAUGAGAUAAGUAUCGCACUCGGCACUGGACCGGAUGCAUAUAGAUCUACAUUUACGAAUGUCGAGGCGUAUGGAGUGAGCAAUUUGACGUUGACAAAUGUGAGGUCCGACAUCGACAGCUUGCAAUACCAACUUACCUUCGAAAUUCCUCGCAUUGUCGUGAAUGCCGCUUACGACUCGUCAGGCGUCCUCCUGCUCGUCAAAGCAUCUGGCAAGGGCGAUUAUUGGGGCGAAUAUGAAAAUGUCAAGGCCAAAGUUUACUUCAAAGCGAUACCAGCGUACGAGCAAGACGGUCUGACCUACAUGACCGUCGAAACAGCCAAACUAGAUUUUAGCGUGAAAGACAUUCGGAUGGGGGUGGAGAACAUUGAACGAGGCAACGCCGUGUUACAAGCCGCCCUUAAUUUAUUCAUCAACACAAAUUCGCAGGAACUACUGAAGGAAAUGAAACCCGAUCUACGUCGAAAAUUGACGCAAAUAAUGGAACAAUUUAUGAAUCGGUUAUUCCAAAAGAUACCGCUCGAACAAUGGCACGAUUAAAAAAAAAACAUUUUUUUACCAUUUUAUUUACGAUUUUAAGCACUUUUUGUAACGUAAAGGGGAAAUUGGGAGGGAAAAAGCAUUCAAGAAGUGUCAAUGGCAAUGAACUGCAUGCAACACGAAACUACAACAAAAGAAAGUGAAGCAAACGAGGUGAAGCAUGCUUCAGUUUCAUUUAUUAAUUUAUUUUUACGAGAACAUUCAAUUAAGUGUUUAAAUUUAUCCUCUCUCUUGAACGAUCGAUGCCGCACGUCGUACAAUAUUUACUCGAAAUAAUACAAUA